CGGAGGAACCAAUCAUCCUGAGGUCCCGAGGGGCGAGUAACCGGUUCUCAAUGGCGCCUUGGGCGGAAGCUUGAAGGCAGCACCAAACAGCAACACCAGUGUCCUCCUUCCGGUAUCCUUAAGGCCGUCACCCUGAACGUGGGCGGGACGCGGCGACUCCGCCGGCGUUGCUAUUGGCGGCGAUUGGGGGCGCGGAAACUGAACUGGCACAACUGCCGCCGCCACUACCUCGGGAUUUUGGGGUGCUGCUGGUCCUGCCAGCCCUGCCAGCCCCGCCAUGGCCGCUCCCACCCCGGAUGACCCCUCACUGGAGAGGCAUUUUAAGGGCCACCGAGAUGCAGUCACCAGUGUGGACUUCAGUCUCAACACGAAGCAGCUGGCCAGCGGCUCCAUGGACUCAUGCCUCAUGAUCUGGCACAUGAAGCCCCAGUCACGUGCCUAUCGCUUCACGGGCCACAAGGACGCUGUGACUUGUGUGAACUUCUCCCCGUCAGGACACCUGCUUGCCUCAGGCUCCAGAGACAAGACUGUUCGCAUCUGGGUCCCCAAUGUCAAGGGUGAGUCAACCGUGUUUCGUGCACACACGGCCACAGUGAGGAGUGUCCACUGGUGCAGUGAUGGCCAGUCGCUCGUGACAGCCUCUGAUGACAAGACAGUCAAGGUGUGGUCAACUCAUCGCCAGAGAUUCCUAUUUUCCCUGAGCCAGCACAUCAACUGGGUCCGCUGUGCAAAGUUCUCCCCUGACGGGCGGCUCAUCGUGUCUGCCAGUGACGACAAGACUGUCAAGCUGUGGGACAAGACCAGCCGGGAGUGCGUCCACUCAUACUGUGAGCAUGGCGGCUUUGUCACCUACGUGGACUUCCACCCCAGUGGGACGUGCAUCGCCGCCGCGGGCAUGGACAACACAGUGAAGGUGUGGGACGUGCGGACUCACCGGCUGCUGCAGCACUAUCAGUUACACAGUGCAGCCGUGAACGGCCUCUCCUUCCACCCAUCGGGAAGCUACCUCAUCACAGCCUCCAGCGACUCAACCCUGAAGAUCCUGGACCUGAUGGAGGGCCGGCUGCUCUACACACUCCAUGGGCACCAGGGACCUGCUACCACCGUUGCCUUUUCAAGAACGGGGGCGUAUUUUGCUUCUGGAGGAUCUGAUGAGCAGGUGAUGGUUUGGAAGAGUAACUUUGAUGUUGUUGAUUAUGGAGACGUGAAAGUACAGAGGCCUCCACCCCUGGCCAGCUCUGCUGGGAAUCUGCCAGAAAUGGAUUUGCAUGGCCCACCAGCCAGAGACAAGAGUCUGGAGUCAGUGCAAGGCCAGCCCCAAGAGCCUGUCAGUGUGCCCCAGACGCUGACCAGCACGCUGGAGCACAUCGUGGGCCAGCUGGACGUCCUCACACAGACAGUGUCCAUCCUGGAGCAGCGGUUGACCCUGGCAGAAGACAAGCUGAAGCAGUGCCUGGAGAACCAGCAGCUAAUCAUGCAGAGAACGCCAUCAUGAUCGGGGGCAAGAAUCAGGAGCUCAGUCCGUUAGGGAUUUGUACGGGGACAUGAGUAAAUAAAUAAAGGGAGCCACAUCCGUGCCCAGGCUGGGAUUGGGUGCUCCUGCCCCCUCACCCCCAAGUGCUGUUUGUACUGGAGCCUCCCCACCCGACCAUAGGACGCUCCCGGUGGGCAGUGCCACACAGAGGGAGACUUGAGACCCUGCUGGCAGGACCACACUCGGUUUAACCAAAAGGAACCACUUGGACUGUGCGCUUCCUCAGAGUCCUAAGAUGGCGGCGCACUGUCUAGAGAGCCUUGCUAGGUUUUCAUUCACCUCACCUUCAGGUCCCUGACUGGCUUCUAAGUUGGCAGCUCAUUGCUUGGAUGAACCAAGAAUUCUCUCUCCAUCUGACCACCCCCCAGUCGGCCCAUCUGAGUCAGGUUUGUUCAGGAACAAGCUUGGUGGGAUGGGCAGGGCCUUUGCAAAUUCUUUAAUUUCUGUCACCACAUAGAUUCACCAGGGCCUGUGACUUCUUCAUGAGAACAAAGGAAUCUGAAAAUUAAAACCAAUUUGACUGA